CUUAACCACCUCCCGCCCGCCAUAUAGUCCAAUGAUGGGCGCAAGGUGGUUCUCUCGUUCUUAUGACGGCCUUCCAUACUCACCGCACAUCGGUGGUGCUCUGUAAGUGCCACCUGUCAGUGUCCAUCAGUGCCAGCUGUCAGUGCUGAACAGUGCCACAUCAAUGCCACAUAUCAGUGCCUACCAGUGCACAUCAAUGCCACAUAUCAGUGCCCAUCUGAGCUGCCCUUCAGUGUCACCCAUUAGUGCCAGUCUGUGCCACCUAUCAAUGCCAAUCAGUGCCACCUAUCAGUGCUGUCACUCAGUGCCACCUAUCAGUGCCAGUCAUCAGUGCCUCCUAACAGUGCCAGUCAGUGCCACCUAACAGGGCCAGUCAGUGCCACCUAUCAGUGCCACCUAUCAGUG